AUGACCCAAUUCCACAUCACCGACUCCGACCUCCUCCCCCUCCAAGACAAAAUCGUCGUCGUAACAGGCGGCUCCAGCGGCAUAGGCCUAGCAUCCAUCAACGUCCUCCUCGCCAACGGCGCCCACGUCGUCUCCGGCGACAUGAACGACCCACCCACCCAACACGCACACCUCACCUUCCAAAAAACAAACGUGACCUCCUGGGACCAACUCAAAUCCCUCUUCAGCCUCGCCAUAUCCAAACACCACCGCAUCGACCACGUCUUCUCCAACGCCGGGAUUUCCGGCAGAGCGGAUUACCUCGCAUCCGACUACGACGAUGCAGGGGAGCUGCUGGAGCCGACAAGUCAAGUCUACGACAUUAAUUUACGAGGCAUGAUAAACACCUCCUACCUCGCCCUCCACCACUUCCAGCACCAGUCCCCACCGGGCGGCAGCAUAGUCUGCACAGCCUCCGGCUCCUCCUUCCAGCCCUUCGCAGUCUGGGACUACACCACGACCAAGCACGGCGUGCUAGGCUUCAUGCGCGGCGCGCUCCCGAACCUGGCCCUGCACUCCCUGCCCAUCCGGAUCAACUGCAUCGGACCCUCUUGGACUAUCACGGGUCUGGUGCCGAAGGAGAUUAUCGAUGCGGCAGGCAUAGAGUCCCAGCCCGCGAGCGUUGUGGGGAGGAAUGUAGCGUAUUUGAUGGCGGAUGAGAGCAGGAAUGGGGAGUUUAGUUAUUCUAGUGGGGGGAGGUAUUAUGAGAUUGAGAAGAGUUGUCUCUUGCCUGCGGCCGCGAAGGCGUGUGGGGUGGCGGAGGUGACGGUGAAUGAGCAGGAGGCUUUUGAGAGGAUUUCGAAGUUGGCGGUGGAGGCUGGGAUCAAGGAGGGGCAGGCGGCGAAGGGGGAGGCGGGAGCUUGA